CUUCACACUGUAACGCCUAGGAUAGCUAGCUUGCAGUCAUUCAUAUUAAGCUAACCGCUUCAUCGCUGGCUGCCUCGGCCUCUUCGGGCUUCCUUAUACCAGUCCGACAGUACUAGAGAAUGGCUCUGCUAACGCCGUUAUUCGCCUUCCUGUACCACCUGCCGCAGGUGUACAAGUGGCUGCUGAAGCCCUACUAUGUAGCCUCUCUCUUCAUGUCUGUAGCCUUCCUAGCUGUCCGCAAGACGCCGGGCAUCUGCGACCAUCUGGCCACACAGCGAGAGGACGGCAACUCCUGCGACUUCGACUGGAGGGAGGUGGAGAUCCUCAUGUUCCUCAGUGCCAUCGUCAUGAUGAAGAACAGACGAGCGAUAACUGUGGAGCAGCAUUUGGGCAACAUCAUCCUGUUCAGCAAAGUGGCCAAUGUCAUCCUGUUCUUCAGACUGGACAUCAGGAUGGGACUGCUCUACCUGACACUCUGCAUAGUGUUUUUGAUGACCUGUAAGCCUCCUCUUUACAUGGGACCAGAAUACAUCAAAUACUUCAGCGACAAAACCAUCGAUGAUGAGCUGGACAGAGACACUCGUGUGACGUGGAUUGUUGAAUUUUUUGCCAACUGGUCUCCGGAGUGCCAGUCCUUCGCUUCCGUCUAUGCUGAUCUCUCUCUCAAGUACAACUGUGCUGGUCUCAAAUUUGGUAAAGUGGACAUCGGACGUUAUGGAGAGGUUUCCAAAAAGUACAAGGUGUCCACGUCCCCGCUGUCCAAACAGCUUCCAUCCUUGGUGUUGUUUCAGGGAGGGAAGGAGGUGAUGCGGCGCCCCCAGGUGGACAAGAAGGGUAGAGCCGUAUCCUGGAGCUUCACCGAGGAGAACAUCAUCCGAGAGUUCAACCUGAACGAACUCUACCAGAAAUCCAAGAAGCUCAACAAGACCAAAGGAGACAAGGUCGGCCAGUCCCAGUUCCCACCGGUCCCCGAGGAGGACGAGUCCGAGCAGCAAGGAGCCGUCGAAGAGGCGCUGGAGUCUGAAUCCAAGAAGGACAAAUAAAGACGGUUUCCAGCACUCGGCUUUCACUUCUGGAUGAAACCUGUUGGUCUAGGUCAGCUUCUCCUCCUCCUCCUCCUCCACCUCUUCUUCCCUCUCCUCUUUAAAUAGUUCAGUUUGUUCACUCGUGAAUCAGAGCAGGGCUGGCGUCGUGUGGAUCAUCGUGAGAAUUUAAAAUAGCCACGGUACUUCUGCCUCUCUCCAGCACCAUUUAACGCUAAACCCCAGUUAAACCCAAUCAUUCAAUAUCCCUCUAUAAAAGAGCAAAGAGAACAAGUGUACACUUUCGCAGAGGAGCAAACUGUAUAUGGAUGUAAGGCCUGGAAAUGUGCUGCGCAGACCUGCCAUGUGCACCAGGUUAUUAGAGUCCCCACCACCAUCAUUUGUGAUGGUUAAAGCUGUGAAGUCUGAGGGACCGUCAGUUGAGUUCUUACUAAUCAACAGUAAGGGAGUAAGUGAAUGUGAUGCUACUUUUGUUGUUUUAGAAUUUUUAUGCAACUAAUUUAAUUAGAUUAGAGUAGAUUGUUUUGUUUUUUUAUUCAUUCUAUGAAUAACUGUAUAUUCAUGUAAAUUUAAGUUCUAACUCUGCUGUUUUCACAUAUAAUUAAUUUGCAGUGUGAAAC